UGUUAUCCUGCCCCUGCCUCAGAAUGUGAUCGACUACUUGAUGGAUGAUGGCACCUUAGUGGUGUCAGGAAGGAAUGAAGCCCCGAGUCAUUGCCCUGCAGAUGAUGACAGUGAUGAAGAGCAAGAUAUGCAGUGGUCUGACGACGAGAAUGUGACGACACUCACGGCUCCAGAAUUCCCAGAAUUUGCAGCUAAAGUCCGCGAAGCUAUCAACUCCCUAGGAGGGAGCGUUUUCCCCAAACUCAACUGGAGCUCCCCAAGGGACGCUCAGUGGAUUGCUCUGAACAGCUCCCUCAAGUGCCAGACUCUGAGCGACAUAUUCCUGCUUUUGAAGAGCUCGGACUUUGCCAUACGCGACCUAACCCAGCCAUUCCUUCACUGCACUGAUGAUUCACCAGACCCCAAAGUGGAAAAUCAGCUGGUUCUCAGGAAAUGGUGCGAAUUGAUUCCCGGAGGGGAGUUCAGGUGCUUCGUCAAAGAAAACAAACUGAUAGGAAUUGCACAGAGAGAUCACACACAAUACUACGAUCACGUCUGUAAACUGGAGGCAGAUAUUCUCACCGCCAUCAAAGAUUUCUUCAGAAAACAAAUACAGUACAAGUUCCUGGACGAGGACUUUGUGUUUGAUGUAUAUCGCGACAGUAAGGGCAAAGUGUGGCUGAUAGAUUUUAACCCUUUCGGGGAAGUGACAGACUCUUUGCUGUUCAGCUGGAAGGAGCUUAUGUCUGGGCAGAACGUACGAGGUGAAAGCAGCGAAGAGGAGCCCAUGGAUCCGGAUUCUCCAGCCUUCCGCUACACAAGGAGCGAAGUGACUGUACAGCCCAGCCCUUACUUAAGCUACCGGCUGCCGAAGGACUUUGUGGACCUGUCCACAGGGGAAGACGCUCACAAACUGAUCGAUUUUCUUAAACUGUCUGUAAGUCAAGCACCAGAGAGUUCAGAUGACGAGGUGUGAGCCCCGACACUCUCCUCCACGGACAGUGAGCGAGGAAGAAGACAGUCAGCAAUCAAGCAAAUCCCCGGAUUUCCCCCACAAGUUGCCCUGUUCUGUCUCGGGGAGAGCGCAGCCCGGGAAACACCAUGCGAUAUUUCAUCUCUCCAGCCAAACCCAACCGAGCAACAGACGAGCGUUGCUCGGUUGGGUUUGUUCUGAAGUGAAUCCCUGUCGUACGUUAUUUGCAAACGCACAGUCACUUACCCUUGAGGAUGUGAGCGGUUAGAGCACCCGCCUCGCAAAGCCAGGGGACCCGGGUUUGAUUCCCGGGCGCUGUCUCAAAGCGCUUCACACCGUGACUGUGUAUUUUGUGGGCAGCAAAUGGCUUGAACCCACGAGCCUUUCUGAUUCAGGGCGAGGCUGCCCACUGAGCCAAGGCCGAACCGACACCUUGUUGAGUUUUUAUUGAAACACAAAUAAAUUAAAACCAGAAUUA